AUGACUGAAUUGGACGGCAAGGAUCGGAUUUAUAAUAAGUCUAUGAAGGCGGCGUACGCUGAUCUGCUGAUGGAAAAGAUGGCUAGCGGCACCGGGUCGGCGGUUUACGAUAACAAUGAGGGUGGAUGCGAGGAGGGAGAGCUGGCGAUGAUUCAGGAUGACGAGGAGAACGAUGGGGAGGACGAUGAUGGAUAUUAUGGGCGUUUUAAGCGGUCGAUAUUAAGGGAGCGAGGCGAAGAGUUGGAAAAGACGUCGAUGAGCGAGUUGGAGGAAGAAGAUGACGGCUGGCUGGACGAUAAUAGCACGCUGGAUGAGGACUACACUGAUGAGGCUGAUCGAAGCUUUUAUGCGGAUAACGGGGAGGAAGACAGUGAAGAUUAUGAGGAAGAGAGCGAUUACCAGUACGAUGGAAGAUACGCCGACGAGGCGCCGUCGGCGGGGUUGAUCUCCAGAAAAUGGAGUUUAGUCGCUCUGGCGCUGGUGAUUAUGCUUAUUGUGGGUCCCGCAAUGAAUGGGUUGCUGUUCUCGGGACAAUCGAGUCUCAAACCGUCGUCUGGAUCGCCGGCGAUACAGAAGCAGAUCAACCAUUUGUACAGCGAGAUGACCACUCGGGAGCAACGGGCCAAGUCGGAGUUCGAUAAGACGAUUAAAGUGAUAAUAUCUCAAUUUGAAAAGAAAAUCAAAGAGCUGUUGCCUGCAAAUGUGAUGAAGUUGCAGAAUCAACUGGAGUCAUUGACUAACCGGGUCAAUAAUUUGUCCUUCUCCUUGUCGCAACGGGAAUAUGGAUCAGGCCCCGUAUUCUCCAUUGAGAAUGUGACCGAGUGGCAGCGCCGGCUGGUGCAGGACCUGGAGACGUCGCUACCGCAACAGAUACCAGUGGUGAUGAAUAACAAUACAUCGAUGCUUGUUUUACCGGAGUUAAACAACUAUCUGGCACAGGUAAUUUCAAGCCUGGUGCAAGAAAGAGAUACUAUAAGAGAAGAACAGUCUUUGAAAUAUGACCUGAACUGCUAUGUGAAAGAGAUUUUGGCUAACGAGUUCCAGUACGUUGACAAAGCAUUCUUUAUCUCCGAAUUGAAUCGAAGGAUGCAGCUGAACAAGCAUGAGAUUUUGCAGGAAAUGAACGAUAAAUUGGACCAGUAUAAGCUUGAAUCUGCAAAAAAUCGGUCCCCUUCUGAGACAAUACCGCAACAAUAUUCCAAUAUCCUGCUGAAGAAACUUGUCAAUAAAAUUUAUAACACCAAUCAACAUCAGUGGGAAGACGAUCUUGACUAUGCCACGUUCGCACAGGGAACAAAGUUGCUCAAUCAUUUGACGUCAUCGACAUGGAGUCUAGGUAAUGGCGUCAAUCCCGUUGAACUGCUACGGGACUCCAGAAUCGGUUCCUCUACGUAUUGGCAGUGUAGCGGCUCUCGAAGUUGUUCCUGGGCAGUGAGGUUCAAGGAGCCCGCAUAUCUUACCCGAGUCUCAUACGUUCACGGCCGUUUCAAUAACAACCUGCACAUGAUGAACUCUGCUCCUAAGGUCAUAUCAGUCUACGUGAAGCUGGCGAAAUCAAGUCCCAAUGUGGACGUCAAGAGAUUGACGGAACUUGCAAGAUCGUUCAAACAAGGUCAACCGUUCAACAAGGACGGCCAACACGUUAGAAUUGGCCAGUAUCAUUAUAGUCUGACGGAUAACCAAGUGAGGCAGGUUCUGCCGCUGCCCUCAUGGUUCAUUCAGUUGAAGCCACUUGUACGCUCGGUCGUCUUUGAGAUUAACGAGAAUCAUGGGAAUAGUCGUUUCACGUCCCUGAGGAAAUUCAUAAUCAACGCCGUAACUCAGGAAGACUUACGGAUAAUGGAGUCGAACUCCUUCCCCUUCAGAUCGGACGACCCUCCAGACUAUGCAUUGUCUUCAAUUGACACGACAAAACUGAAAGCAGCUAAGCUUGAGCAAUCACAUGAAGUUCCCCAGUUAGAUGAUGACGCAGCUGGCCUAUCAAAGGAUCGUAUACCUUCGUUUGGACAAGAUGAGCCUGAUAGCACCUAG